AUGACUGUUCUUGGAUUAUAUUGGAAUCCAAAGGAAGAUACAAUUGCACUAAAACCUACGGAAGCCCAUGAAGUCGAGACUAUAACCAAGCGUGUUAUCCUGAAAGUCGUAGCUUCAACAUUUGAUCCGCUUGGAUUAUUUUCUCCAGUAACUUUGAAUGGAAAGCUGCUGAUGCAACAGCUGUGGAAAGAGAAGCUUGAUUGGGAUGAUAUCGAUGAACAUGUCCAAGAGUGGAAAACAAUCAAGCUCGAUCUUGAAAGGAUACCCACCUUCAAAUUGAAAAGAUGUGUUACCAAUGAAGCUGAUGACAGUGUGACCUACAGUUUGGUGUGUUUUUGUGACGCCUCUGAAAGGGCGUAUUCGUCGGCUAUUUAUCUUCGCCAAAUAACCGACAGGGCCAUCAAAGUAGAGCUUAUCUUUUCUAAGGCAAGACUUGCUCCUGUGAAAGGAAUGACCAUUCCAAAAUUAGAGAUAAUGGCAGUUGUCAUCGGUGUUAGAUGCUUAGAGUAUGUUCAGAGUCAGGUCGGUGUGCCGAUUGAACAAUCGGUGUUAUACACCGAUUCUCAAUGUGUAUUAAAGUGGAUUUCAUCUGAGAAGAAACUUCCGGUGUUUGUUCAAAAUAGGGUAAAUGAGAUCAAGAAGCACACCGGUAUAAGAUUUGCAUAUGUAAAGACAACUGAAUACCCAGCUGAUAUCGCUACACGUGGAUAUACUGUUGAAAAGCUUACUAAAAGUGAAUUGUGGUGGAACGGACCAUCUUGGUUAAUGGACAGGUGUUAUAGUGUUCAUUGUGACUCAGAAUCAACAAUGUGCGUAUCAGAUACAUGCGUAUGUGUUGAACUGGGAAAUGAGCCAAGUGGUGAAAAUGAAAAUCAGAAGCAUGAACUCAAAACGAGCGACGAGUGUGAUGCACCGUUUGAUAUUCGGUAUGACACAUUCUCUUCCGUGACGAGACUCAUACGAGUUACAGCAUAUGUGAAACGAUACUUAGAUAAUCUGAGAUCUCCAGAAAAUAAGAAACGUGGUGCUCUCUCAACUUCAGAAAUAUGUGAAGCAGAGUGGUUAUGGUUAAAGUACAUUCAGAAGAAACACUAUGGAGACGUUUAUCUGGCUAUCAGCAGCAAGAAACCUAACAACCUACAACGUCAGCUAAACUUGACUCUAGACGACAGGGGUAGUUUGCGUUGCAGGGGAAGACUGCAGUAUGCAGAACUCACUGAAGGUUCGCGAAAUCCUAUACUGUUGCCUAGAAACGACAGGUUCACUCAACUGUUGAUUGAACAACAUCACAAACAAAUCAUGCACUGUGGAGUUUCUCAAACAUUAAGCUGUGUGCGUUACAAGUACUGGAUUCCUCAAGGACGAGCAGUGGUUAAAUCAGUACUUCGUCAGUGUAAUGUGUGUCGUCGUUCUGAAGGCGGUCCGUACAAAGUUCCGGAGAUGCCACCUCUGCCAAAAUCACGAGUGACAUCAGCACAGCCAUUUACAAACACAGGACUGGAUUAUUUGGGUCCCUUAUACAUCAAAUCGGCUGCUGAAAAGAAGAAAAUCUGGGUGUGUCUAUUUACCUGCUUAGUAACCCGUGCAAUACAUUUAGAGGUAGUGCAAGAUAUGUCCUCUGAAGAGUUUCUCCUUUCAUUCAGGAGAUUUGUAGCAUUGCGUGGUGUUCCGAAUGCAAUAACGUCCGACAACGCAUUACAGUUUAAAACAGCUGGCGCUACAAUGGAUAUGUUGUGGUCACACACACUUAAACACGAGGACGUUACUAGUUAUAUGUCCGAAAACAGAAUAAAGUGGCAUUUUAUUGUCGAACGUGCACCAUGGUUUGGCGGAUUCUAUGAGAGGCUUGUUGGCUUAGUUAAGAGGCCAUUACGCAAGACACUUGGCCGGAAGUUGCUAACUUUGAUUCAAAUGCAAACAGUUAUGAGAGAAGUUGAAGCGGUAGUGAACGCAAGACCGCUCGUGUAUGUUGAUGACGACAUCAACUCAACCAUCACUUUGACUCCGGGCCAUUUUCUGACAUUAAAUCCUAGAGUUGGUGUACCAGAAAUAGACGAUGACACAGAUGAUCUGCCGUACAUACCAUGUGAGAGCACAGCCGACAAACUGUUAGCUAUGUGGAAGAAGGGUAAUUCGUUGUUAAACCUGUUCUGGAAAAUGUGGAGAGACGACUAUCUGUUGAGUUUGCGAGAACGGACACAAACGCACUUAAAGAGUGGCAGAAUUCAGUCUUCAGCUCAACCUUGUGCAGGGGACGUAAUUCUUGUUAAGGACGAGCUUCCACGAGGCUGCUGGAAAAUGGGAAAAAUCAAAAGGCUACGAACAAGUGGUGACGGAUAUGUACGGUCUGCAGAAGUGCAGCUAGCAUCGGGUCGUGUUAUCAGACGACCUUUAAACCUGAUGUUUCCAAUUGAAACAUCCAAACAGCAUAGUGUGUAUAUCGGAGAAGCGAGGUCUACACUGGGUCCUUCACCUAGACCGCAGCGCAAGGCUGCAAUCGAAGCUCUGCAUAAAAUUCGAGCGUUAGAAUAUUAG